UCUGCGCUUCCCCUUUGGAAAGCAACUCCAUAUACUCUUUAGAGCUUUUUCAAGUUCUAGACAUAUAUAUGUUAAGAAGAAGAAAAGGUGUCUAUUUCUGGACGAAUCAAACAAGAAUGUUGAGGUGCUGAUAAUGAACAGCACUUAGCAAAGAAAGCACAUUUUUUCAUCCUCGAAAAACGAACCACCCCACCUUCCCGUUUAUACACCGGACACGUGAUACCCCAUCCAUUCGUGCAUCCCACGCAGAAACAGUCGGCCCAGCUUAGUCAUCACAAACUAGCGUCUCCCGACAAGCAACUUCACGAAAUCAUCAAAAUUACCUACAUAUCGUACCAUUGUCCGCACCCCCAAUCGACACACCCGCCAUGUUUCUCCAACGCUCAGCCAUUGCUGCUGCUCGCAGAGUAGCCGUCUCUCCCGUCGUGCGACGCAGCUUUGCUACUAGCAUGAUUAGAAGUAUGUGUAUUCCCGAUCCCAUGUAUCCGGAAAACUAGGUUUGGGCCGCGGAUCCUGGGGCGGAAACUUGUGUAUGAAUUGAUUGCAAGACUAAUUCUUAUGUAUAGGAGAAGCCGCGCCACCGGCCGCAUCGGGCGAUCGAAAGAUCAAGAAGUUCGAAGGUGCGUUUGUUCGCAAACCCCGGCGUUGUCUCGAACAUGUGUAGGGAAAUGGGAGAGGAAAGAUGGGAUAAAUGGGCUGAUAUAUAUACGAAUGACCUACAGAAAUCAAGACCGAAGCUGAUCUCAUCGGGCCCGGUGCCUUACCCGGAACUGUCCCUACCGAUCUCGAGCAAGCGACUGGUCUAGAGCGUCUUGAGAUCUUGGGAAAGAUGCAGGGAGUUGAUAUUUUCGACAUGAAGCCUUUGGAUGCUUCCAGAAAAGGUAUGCAUGCAUGGUUCGCUUAGAAGGAACAUUAGGAUGGGGCUGUUUCGUCUCAGUUUCGAGGGAUGAAAUGAAUGAGACGGAUGGGAUGAAUGAGGGUGGAUUUGCUGAUUGGUGAGAGAUGUUUAGGCACGUUGGAGGACCCAAUCAUUGUCAAGUCUUUCGGUGACGAACAAUAUGCCGGUUGUACUGGAUACCCAGUUGACUCGCAUGUUACUAUCUGGCUUACAGUACGUCUAUGGAACCCUUCUCUUCUUCUUUCCCACAUCCCACCUUACAAAAUUUUCUUUAUAUCAAUUGUAAAUUCUAACUCCGUCUUCCAGAUGUCUCGCGACCGUCCUAUCGAGCGUUGCCCAGAGUGCGGAAAUGUUUUGAAAAUGGAAUAUGUUGGUCCACAAACAGAUGCUCACGAUCACCACCACGAUCACCACGAUGAUGGACACCACAACUACGAGGAACCAAAGACCUUUGCCGAUUUCGUUCGUCCGGAAUACAGAUAAACUGAGAGAGAAUGGGGUUCGGGUGCGUUAGCGACGGUAGGCGAGUGUAGGAAUGUAGAAUAGUAAAGCGCGAAGUUGACGUAUUCUCAUUGCUUUCCAC